AGGAUCAAGCCGUAAACUAGAGCCGCCCCCUCAGCUCCCCCUAUCCUUUCUCAUAAUCAACAGGAAAUACGCAGCCAGAGCUCUGAGAGAGCUGGGAGAGAAGAGACGAAGAGGAAAACACCACAGAAGAUCAAAGCACAAAACACACUAGAUGUCCAACAAUCUUCCCACACCGGACAAAAUGGACAAGCAAAAACUGAGAGCUGAAAUCAGUCCUCGAGUGUCCAAUAGCUCUGCGCAGCGCCUAAGCAGGGAUCUCACCUGCUCCAUCUGCUUGGACCUGUUCAAGCACCCGGUUUCCUUGCCCUGCGACCACACUUUCUGCAAGGCCUGCAUUACGAGUUACUGGGGCGGUCCUCGUGGAAAAGUCCACUGUGGAUCUGGUUCCUGUCCUCAGUGCCGGAAAGUUUUUCCAGGCCAGAGCUACAGACCCAACCGUAUUGUGGCCAACAUUGUGGAGAGCUACUGCCAAGGGAUCAAGGAAAGUGGGGAUCAGCUGACCGGGUUAUCAGCAGACACAGUUCCUCCGACCCCGCUUUGCAACCGACACAGAGAAGAGCUGAAGCUGUUUUGCGAGGAAGACCAGGAGCUGGUGUGUCUGGUGUGUGGGAUCUCUCAGGAUCACCGGGCUCACACGCUGGUGUGUCUGCAAGAUGCACAGAAGAGAUACAGGGCUUCUCUGACUACUUCAGCAAAUGCUCUUCAAAAAGAGCUCAACAGUGCUCUAGAGUGUGAGAAAGAGACUGAAGAGGAGGUGAAGAAACUGAAGGACCACACUGCAGAUCUGAAGCAGAGGAUAGAGGCGCAGUUCAGCGAGCUUCAUCAGUUCCUGUACCAGGAAGAGAAACUCCUGCAAGUCAAGCUGAAGACGGAGGAACGGCGAGAGCUGAUAAGGCUGGAUGAGCACAAGGCCCUACUCAGUGUGGAGAUAUCACGCCUUCGCAGAGCCAUGAAUGACAUCGAGGACAAACUCAGUGAAAAUGAUCCUCACAGACUACUCAGGAGUAUAAAGGGCCUGCCUCAAAGCAGGCAGCCACUGAAGUUUGAGAAGCCGGCACUGAAGCCUCCCAGACUGUGUGAGGGCCGCUUCGCUGGGCCCCUGCAGUACAGAGUGUGGAAGUCACUGAAGGGAAGCAUCUAUCCAGUUCCCUCAGCCAUCACAUUUAACUCCAAAACAGCGAACCCCUGGCUCAGUCUUACAUCUUCACUCACCUGUGUGCGCUACCAGACCUUCAACAGUGCGGUGCAGGACAAUCCCCAGCGAUUCAACGCCGCGCUCUCUCUCUUGGGCAGUCAAGGGUUCACUAAAGGCCGCCACUACUGGGAGGUGGAGGUGUACAGCAGCACCGUGUGGACCGUGGGAGCUGCUCGUGAAUCCGUCACGAGAAAAGGUGUCAUCAAUACCAUGCCUGCCAACGGCUUCUGGACGCUCUCACUAUCAUAUGGAGUUCAGUAUAUGGCCGGGACGUCUCCGCCAACAUUGCUGUCUUUGGAGGAGCCACUGGCGAGGAUCGGCGUGUAUCUGGACUACAAAAGAGGCCUGGUGUCCUUCUACAAUGCCGAGAGCAUGACGCACCUCUACACCUUCAAGGACACCUUCACUGAGACCCUCUACCCUUAUUUUAACCUCGGCUUCCUGGAUAAAGUGCACGAAAAUGAGCCUCUUAAAGUGUUUCUACCUAAAAUCUGAAUUUCUAUUCAUUUGUUUCAUACUAUUAAUAUCUCUCUCUCUCUCUCUUUAAAUAUAUAUAUAUACACACUAGGCUGGACCUAGAUAUUUUAAGUUAAGCCACUUAAGAAAUCUGAUUGAAGGUAAAGCAAUUUAUGAGACUUGCAAAAAAUCAAAUAAUAAAAAUAAAUAAGUAAAUAAAUAACGUCUUAACGUUCCAGUGGGUUAGUGGAGGCACAUGGAAAAUGAAACCAAGUCAUAAAAAUGGUUGGAAACCAUGGCCUAUGACCAUUUCCCACAUUACCAAACAUAAGUCCUGGCAGAUAUCAUAUAUUCUGCAUGUUUCUGUGAUAUUCCUAGGCUUAAUAAACAAAGGGGUGAGAAUUAGGCUGGUCAGCAUGGUUGUAACUACUCCUUUGUAAAAGCAAAAGGCUUUUUUUUUUCUUCAAUUGUCUGCCGUUCAAAAUUGGCUGUGUAUUUUAAGCUACAUAUCAUCAAAUGUAUUUCAGUAUAUUACAGUAUUAUGAGGAAGUAUUAUAUUUUUAACCAAUGGCUGAUUCUAUUUAGAGGAUCUUAAAUGCAUUAAAAUAGACUUAUUUAUUCCUCUAUCUGCUGCUUUUAACAUCACAGCUCAGGUGUUUUGAGGAGCUAUGCAUGUUCUUGUGCCAUCAACCAGUCAGUUAUUACUGAGCAAAGCUGGACACAAGUAUACUUCAACUGCCACAAGGAUGAAUGGGAAUGCUAAUACACACUACAGACCUCACUGUUGAAAACUGCAAAAUUAAAUUAAGGUUCAGGUUUAUGGCAUCUUAGACUUGCAGCAGCUGAAAACUAGGCUUCUGUGCAAGAAGAAAAACACGGUUCUCAUUCAAAUCCUGCGGAAAAAGAGAAAAUAUACAAAUGUAAAACGCCAGAAAUACCACUAGGCUACAGUCAAAGGAUGAAGGGCACGCUAGCAUAGUCUAAUAUCUAUAAGCCUAUUGAUUUAAUAUCAUUUUUGAUACAAACAUGUACACAAUGAAAGAAGUUAUUAAAAAAACACCAACAAAA